AUGGCGGCCACAUCAUCAGCCUCCCGCACGACUUGUCCCGAGGGGUCGUGCACAGGGGGCGGGGAGAGGGUCGAGAGAGUUGACGUUCCGAUCACUCAGUCAAAUGAGGAGAGCAGAGACAAGUAUGAUGCGACGACAGAGAGCUUUCUCACGCGUGAGAGCUGUUCCGACUUUGUUGCUAUUGACAUUCUGGAGGAGGGGGCCAUAGAGACUGCAGUCGAUCCUGGUCGGAUAGAUUUGCAUUAUUCGGAUGUUAGAGAGCCGUGGGGAUACGAUCCACAUCCCGAGCAUGGAGUGCGGCCUUGCUCGGUGGCAUCUUUCUUCAUCAUGCAGGCCUCUGCGGCGCGCCACGCCGAUGCGACUCGUGGCAUGGUGGCCGCCGCACCGAGACACAGAUCCAGUGCUGAUGAGACUGCCCGAAAACAACAGAUCGAUGCCGGUCACAGCUUCGGUACGGUCUACAUGCGGCUGGCGAUGCGCAUCACCGGCGUGUUCGCCGCUUGUUUCCGUGCCGUCAAGCUGCUCCACCAUGGUACAAAUGGAGCAAGUGCAGCUGGAGCAGACGGGGAUAGAGAGACCACGGAGCACGCUCGACGCUGGGUGGAUAGGGGCUCCCGUGGCGGGAAGAGGAGUGGGGCGGGCGCUGCAGUGCAAGAGAAGGUUAUGGAAGAUCCGGAUGAGCUGAUCGAGGAGGUGACAGUGGCGCAAAGGUACGUGGCAUUCCAGCCGGUGGCAGUAGGGGAGGUGGCGGUGGGGAUGGAGAUGCCGGACGGCAAAUGGGAGGUGCUGACAUGCGCUCUCGCGGGGCAGCAGGGGCGCUGUGCUCUCGCCCCCUCUCGGCAAGCGCCACCUCUCUGUGAUUGGCUCUUCCAGGACAGUGGAGCUGGUGGCAUGGGGGGACUGCGCGAGUGGCGAUGGUGUGGAUGCGAAUGCAACCAAUCAGAAGGGGGCCAGUGGCGGUUCUUCUACUGGCCGUGA